UGGGCUUCCGUUGGUUGAAUGUCACGCGCCACCCUAAUUUACGAAUUUCAGGUUUCCAUCGACCUCUUCUCUUGAAAUUGAAAUCCGAAAUGGCGACCUUCGCCGGGAUUCUGAGUCUCAGAGCCCCUCUCCGGCUUCAAAACCGAGUCUUCCUGAUUAACGGGGUGAGGAAGAGUGGUGCCGUCCGAUGCUUGGGGAGCAGGGAGUAUGGUUCUUCGAUUCCCACGAGAUACAUUCCAAAGAAAUCUUCGAAAGGCUACAAGGAAGAAAGGUCUUCUCCGACAAAUGGCUGUGAGGAACAUGUUCCUCGUCGAGCAAAUGCAAAUGCGAUGAGGUUCGGAUUGUCUCAUGAGGAUAAAGGAGGGGUAGCUAAAGUGAUUUUAUCGAAUAAGGAGCGCUGGGAUUCUAAUGAUAAGCGGAAUCCCAUGAACAGCUUUGUGAUUGGUUCAUCUUUGGCAGAGAAAGGGUUCACGAAGACUCGUGAGGUAGUGCAAGUGGAUGAUGAGGUUAUUGAAUUGCCGUUCUCGGAGAUGGAAGAUGAGAUGAGCCACGAUCAAGAAGCCCGAGAUGAUGAAUUCAUGACAGGGCCGGUCGAGUCUGGUGAAGAGCACAACCUUGACAAAGAGAAUAUCUGCAAAAGGGAUGUCCCUUUCAAUGGGAAAACUAGAAAAGAUGCGUCGGACAUGGCAAUUCAACUACUCGCCACGAGGGCGUAUACAGCUGUUGAAAUGAGAAAGAAGUUGCAUGGAAAGAGAUUUGCCCCUGCUAUCAUUGAUUCUGUAAUAGAUGAUUUCGAGAGAAGAGGUUUGAUUAACGACACUCUCUACGCGGAAACAUUCUCCCAGUCUAGAUGGUCUUCGUCAUGUUGGGGACCCAGGCGGAUAAAGCAAGAACUGUUAAGGAAAGGAGUUAGUGGAGUCGAUGUGGACAAAGCCGUGAGACAAGUGUUUGAGGGUGAUGAAAAUUCUACUUCUGAUGAGGGAUCCAGGGUUGGUUUAUCGAGGGAUUUGUUGGAUCGUCUGUUUGCUCAGGCCUCGAAGCAGUGGCUUCGAAGCCAAGGCGUAGCUGUUGAGACUCGUAAAUCAAGGAUUGUUAGGUGGCUUCAGUAUCGCGGGUUCAACUGGGGGGUUACAAGCAUCAUAUUGAGAAGGCUAGAAUGUCAAGAAUCUUCCGAAAUGAGAUAAGUCUUUGUAGGAUUAUUCCGAAUGGAUUAUUCCUUUAAGCCGCGAAACUGCACCAAGUGAACAUGAAAUGAGGGAUACCUUCCUGCCAGCAGAUAAGGAAUUUCAAUAGGGGAAGAGGUCUAAAAGGAACAGCUAUGUGCUUCAACGAUCUUCCAUUGUUUCCCCAAAAGUCGGCCAUCAUAUCUUCCUUUCACCCCCAUCUGGUUCCCCGUCACCACCCAAAAUUCCCAAUUCAAUUGCUUUUGUGGGAAGUUGUUCUUACUGUUUUGAACUCCAAAUCAUGUCGCUACUACAAGCAUAUAUUAUUCAUCCACCUCUAAUGGCUUGCCUGGCACACAUUAUGGAGGAAUGCUUUCCAACAUGCCACGGUUUUCACCAUCAUCCCGAAGGUAAUUUUGUGUACUACAAGACACAAAGGCCACAUCGAAGGCAGCGCUCGAGAAUCGAUUUACCCUUGCAUCCCGCCCUUGAAGUUGACGGACAUACUGAAAUUUUUAUUUUCCUCCCCCAGUUCACCAAUGUGUGAUAAUCAAUACUCAAAUCCCGAGUUCCGAUUGCUUCCAUUUUCUUUUGUGGAGAUAUUGUUUCAUAUCGAACAAGCAUAGGAAGAGCAUGGUUGUACAAAUACAACUUUUUUGUUGUCUUAUUUGUUUUUUUGUCUUUGGCAUUCUCUUGUAGAUCUCUGUACAAAUGGCCCUGCCAGAAAGAUGUGGCAGCCAUUUGAAACAAAGCUUUUGUAUGUACUUUUGCUGUAAAUUUAUUUGGAAAAGGUGAACAAGAUGAUGCUUUCUGGUUUAA